GAAAAAUAUAUCAAACAUAACUCAAAGAUUCAAACAAACUAAUAAUAAAAAAACUUUGUUCUUUUACAUAUAUAAUACAAAGACAAUGGCGAGCUCAAGCAUCACCAAGACCAUUCCAAUAAUGGCCAUCCCAAAUUUCAACGUUUGUCACAAGCUCGAGCUCAUCAAGGAAGAAGCCAAAAGCGGAGACCCGAAACUCCAAGGAGAAGAAGAAGAGCUAAGCUACGAGUUCCGAGAGAUGUUGGAGUCUCUUCCCAAGGAGAGAGGUUGGAGAACUCGUUACCUUUACCUAUUCCAAGGGUUUUGGUGCCAAUCCAAGGAGAUUCAAGCUAUCAUGUCCUUCCAGAAACAUUUCAAGUCCCACCAAAACGACGUCGUUCUCGCCACCAUACCAAAAUCCGGUACAACAUGGUUAAAAGCUUUAACUUUUACCGUCCUUAAUCGACACCGGUUUGAUCCGGUUUCUUCAACCACCGACCACCCACUCCUCACAUCAAACCCUCAUGACCUCGUACCUUUCUUCGAGUACAAGCUUUACGCGAACGGAGAUGUUCCUGAUCUCUCCGGUCUAGCCAGCCCAAGAACAUUCGCAACCCACGUCCCUUUCGGUUCUCUCAAGGACUCCAUCGAGGAACCAGGCGUGAAGGUGGUCUACUUGUGCCGAAACCCGUUCGACACAUUCAUCUCCUCGUGGCACUACAUCAACAACAUAAAGUCGGAGGCAGUGAGUCCCGUCUCGUUGGAAGAAGGGUUUGAUCUGUAUUGCAGGGGAGUGAUCGGGUUCGGACCAUUUUGGGAACACAUGUUGGGAUACUGGAAAGAGAGCUUGAGGACACCAGAGAAAGUCUUAUUCUUACGGUACGAAGAUCUGAAACAAGACAUCGAGUCCAACUUGAAGAAGCUUGCAAGUUUCUUAGGCGUUCCUUUCACGGAAGAAGAGGAACAAAAAGGUGUUGUGCAUGCAAUCUCGGAUCUGUGCAGCUUCGAGAAUCUAAAGAAGUUGGAGGUGAACAAGUCAAGCAAAUCGAUCAAGAACUUUGAGAAUAGGCACUUGUUCAGGAAAGGAGAAGUGAGUGAUUGGGUUAACUAUCUAUCACCACCACAAGCCGAAAGAUUGUCAGCCUUAGUGGAUGACAAGUUAGGUGGAUCUGAUCUCACUUUCAGGUACAACUAAAAUGUGGCCACGUGUUCAUGACGUAUCUACUUUUGUGUCAUUGAUAUGAAGUCAGUACUAAAAACACAACAAAAGUUAUAAAGGCAGUUGUUUUAUUGUUUCAUAAGGAAGAAUAAAACAAUGAAACAACGUCCACUAUUUAGUUUGUCGAUUUUUUAUUUCAAUAAAUAUGUGUGUUUAUCAUUA